AUAUAAUAUAAUAUUUUACAAUAACAUCUGUAUUACUAAAACAAUGAAUUAAACAAAAAUGGAAAAGAAGCUCCCAGAUCAUUGUAAUGUCGCAAACACGUUCCAAUUCCGAUACGCAAUUAACUAUUCCAGAACGCGCUCUAUCCGCCGCCGGCGCCGCUUUCCUCUCCGCCGUCAUCGUCAAUCCUCUCGACGUCGUCAAGACGAGACUUCAAGCUCAGGCUGCCGGAGUUCCCUACCAUGACGCGCAUCGAAAGCCGUCUUUUCAAACUAACACGAUGCUACAGGAUAUUGAAUUUACAAAGGUUUCAAAAUCUCAGGCACUACCAUAUAAAGGGACACUAGAUGUACUCUACAGAGUUAUACGUCAGGAAGGAUUUACUAGAUUAUGGAGAGGCACAAAUGCUAGUUUGGCAUUGGCCAUGCCAAGUGUAGGAAUUUAUAUGCCUUGUUAUGAUAUCUUCCGCAACUUUAUGGAGGAAUAUACAACUCAAAAUGCUCCAAAUUUAACGCCUUAUGUUCCAUUAGUAGCGGGAUCACUUGCACGCUCGUUAGCUUGCGUUUCUUGUUAUCCUGUAGAACUUGCAAGGACUCGCAUGCAGGCAUUUAGAGUAACACAAGGUGGAAAACCUCCAGGUGUAUGGAAGACAUUGCUUGGAGUGAUCAACCCAGACAAGGGAACAAGUAUUCUAAAAAAUUUGCACCGGUACCGUUUCUGGUGGACUGGGCUUGGAGCACAGCUUUCUAGGGAUGUUCCAUACUCGGCAAUUUGCUGGGCAACCCUUGAGCCACUAAGGAAAAAAAUUCUUGGACUGAUGGGUGAAGAGCCAAGUGCCGCAACUGUCCUUGGUGCAAAUUUUUCUGCUGGUUUUGUAGCAGGAACUUUAGCAUCUGCUGCGACAUGUCCACUGGAUGUGGCAAAAACCCGACGACAGAUAGAGAAAGAUCCUGAAAGGGCAGUAAAGAUGACUACAAGAACUACGUUGCUUGAAAUUUGGAGGGAUGGAGGAUUAAGGGGGUUAUUUACCGGCGUUGCUCCCCGUGUAGGUCGUGCUGGUCCAUCUGUUGGCAUAGUUGUCUCCUCUUACGAAGUUGUCAAGUAUGCUUUAAAUCAUAGACAUUCAACUUCAUCAUAGAAUUCACUUCACUUACCUUAUUUCGUGCUGGUCCAUCUGUUGGCAUAGUUGUCUCCUUUUACGAAGUUGUCAAGAAUGCUUUAACGCUAGCUUAAUAAUUGAUUGCAUCAAAAGCACUAACUAGUCGCAGUCUCAGCUUCAGCCUCAAAAUACACGUUCCUGACAUCGCAAGAAGUCAGAAUUCAGGAUGAUGAUGACAUUCAUAAGUAACAACCCAGUAACCAUGUUCUUCAUGCCUAGUUUCCCUUUGGAUAGGCAAGUGUUCAAAUUUUCAUCACUACAAUUGCAACCUUAUAAGUUAACAACAAGGUGAUUUAGCGUGUGCAGAGAAAAUUGGUCAUUUAUUUAUUUUGGUAAAAAGUUUAGAAAUUUGUUUA